AUCGAGGCUUCCUGUCACAAUGACUUUCCACCGCAUCUAUGACAACCUGUGGCAGGAAAAAUUGUUCAGGGAACACAUCAGUCUGCCAAGUGUUUCACAUGUUCUUCGACUUUGCAUCCUUAAAAUGGAAGCCAUUUAUGGAAAUCUUGAUUCCAAAAAUCCUGUCUGCCAGGUUUCCAUAUCAAAUCCAUCAGCUUCCAUCAAGUCCAACAGGAGAUGCUAUCUCAGUGUUAUUACUUUCAUGGUGAUGCUGAGUGUUCUUCUUAUGGCUGGACUCGUCAUUCUCGGCCUCCUCUAUGGUGACACAGUAAGACAUUUGUCAGAAAUCUCUGACAGCAAAGAAAAUUUGACUGAGCAUCUGAAUGCUGUCUUUGAGAGGAUGAAUACCAGCCUCAUUGAAACAACCAAGAAGCUGAUGGACUUUAAACAAAGGAAAUCAGGAUGUCCUGCAGGAUGGAUCAGAUUUGGUUCCUCUUGUUACUUCUUCUCUGUGGAGUCUAAGUCCUGGGAUGAAGCAAGAGAGUCCUGCAGAGCCAGAGGAGCUGAUCUGGUGGUGAUAAACACCCAAGGUGAAAAGACUUUUCUUGUUGCAUUCAGCAAACCAGUUUGGAUUGGACUGACUGACAAAGUCCAGGAGGGGACCUGGAAAUGGGUAGAUGGAAGUCCUCUGACUCUGAAGUGA